AUGUCGAAGCAACUUCCUCCCGGCGUCGUGGCCUUUGGCCCCGACUCAAGCUGCACACUCGACAACUGUCCCAUCGAAUGGAGCAUCUACGGCUUCCGGCCCUCGCUGGCCGCCAACGCCACCCUCCUAGGCCUGUUCAUCUUACUCGGCCUUGUCCACGGAUAUCUCGGUGCCAGAUGGAGAACCUGGGGCUACAUGGCCGGCAUGAUCCUGGGGUGCGUGAGCGAAAGCAUUGGCUACGUCGGCCGAAUCAUGCUCUACAACGACCCCUUCUCCUUUGUCGGCUUCAUGAUUCAAAUCGUCUGCCUCACCAUCGCACCCGUCUUCUUCACCGCGUCCAUCUACGUGACGCUCUCCAAGACAAUCACCUACUUCGCGCCCGACCUGUCCCGGUUCAACCCGCAGCUGUUCUACUGGAUCUUCAUCCCCUUUGACGUCGUCUGCCUCGUCCUCCAGGCCGCCGGCGGCGCCAUGUCGACCAACUCGAGCGGCGACAAUAGGCUCGGCGUCGACAUCUCCAUGGCCGGCCUGGCACUGCAGGUCAUCGUCCUGACUGCCUUUGUCGCCUGCUUCCUCGACUACAUGUCUCGGUACAUGCGGUCCGGCCGCGCCAGAAGCUUCGGCUGGCGCCUCAACACCUUCUUCGUCGGCCUGGCCACGUCCAUCCUCCUCAUCCUUGGCCGGUGCGCGUUCCGCGUCGCCGAGUUGAAGGACGGCUACGACGGCAGCCUGAUCCGCGAGGAAGUCCCGUUCAUCGUUCUCGAGGGCGUCUUCAUCGUCCUUGCCACCACGGCGCUGUGCUUCGGCCACCCCGGUCUGCUGUUUGAUCGACGCGAGGCCAGGAAGGACUCGCACAGCGAGGAGAGCGGCACCAGCACCCCCGAGCGAAAGUGA